CAGACAUGCUUUGGCUUUUUAUUUGCUCAAACACACAUGGGGCCAGUCUAAACAGGUGUGCUCUAACUGUAACAUGAAGCUGUUCAUUUUAAUAACCCUGUUUGGGCUCAGCCUCACACAGCACAACCCCCAUUUUAAGCGUGGAAGGACAACAAUUGUUCACCUAUUUGAGUGGCGCUGGUCUGACAUUGCUGCCGAAUGUGAACGCUUUCUAGCUCCAAAAGGGUUUGGUGGUGUUCAGAUUUCUCCUCCAAACGAACACAUUGUUCUGGACCAGCCAUGGCGGCCAUGGUGGCAAAGAUACCAACCAAUCAGCUACGAUUUAUGCUCCAGAUCAGGCAGUGAGGAGGAAUUUAAAGACAUGAUCAUCAGAUGCAACAAUGUUGGGGUUAAUAUUUAUGUGGACGCUGUCAUCAACCAUAUGUGUGGAAGUGGUGGUGGAGAGGGAAACCACUCCUCAUGUGGAAGCUGGUUCAGUGCCAGCAAAAAGGACUUUCCAAGCGUCCCGUACUCGGCUUGGGACUUCAGUGUGAACAAAUGCAGAACGAGCAGUGGUGACAUAGAAAACUAUGGAGAUAUUUUUCAGGUGCGAGACUGCCGUCUGGUCAGUCUUUUGGACCUUGAUUUGGAGAAAGACUACGUCAGAGGCAAAGUGGCUGAGUACAUGAACAAGCUAAUUGAUUUAGGUGUAGCUGGAUUCCGAGUGGAUGCCUGCAAGCACAUGUGGCCAGGUGACCUGGAAAAUGUUUACGGUCGUCUUCAGAACCUCAACACAACGUGGUUUCCCAGGGAUUCCAAACCUUUCAUCUUUCAGGAGGUUAUUGAUUUGGGAGGUGAGGCCAUCUCUUACACUGAGUAUGUCCAUCUGGGCAGAGUGACAGAGUUCAAAUAUGGUGCAAAAUUAGGAAAAGUCUUUAGAAAGUGGGAUGAAGAGAAACUGUUUUACACAAGGACCUGGGGAGAAGGGUGGAGCUUCAUGUCUGAUGGCAAUGCUGUUGUCUUUGUUGAUAACCACGAUAACCAGAGAGGUCAUGGGGCAGGUGGCUCAUCCAUCAUAACUUUCUGGGACUCCAGACUCUACAAGAUGGCAGUCGGGUACAUGCUUGCUCACCCCUAUGGAGUGACCAGGGUUAUGUCUAGCUACAGCUGGAACAGAAACUUUGUGAAUGGAAAAGAUCAGAAUGAUUGGAUGGGCCCUCCAAGCAACACUAAUGGAUCCACCAAGUCUGUUUCUGUUAACCCAGAUCAGACAUGUGGAGACGGAUGGGUGUGUGAGCACAGAUGGCGUCAGAUCACAAAUAUGGUAAUUUUCCGUAAUGUGGUCAAUGGACAGCCUCAAACCAACUGGUGGGAUAACCAGAGCAACCAGGUUGCCUUUGGACGUGGUGAUCGUGGUUUUAUAGUUUUUAACAAUGAUGACUGGACCCUUAAUGUGACCCUUAACACUGGUAUGUCAGGUGGCACAUACUGUGAUGUUAUUUCUGGUCAGAAGGAAGGCAACAACUGCACUGGAAAGCAGAUUCUUGUUAGUGAUGAUGGGCACGCCCACUUCAAGAUCAGCAACUUAGACGAGGACCCCUUUGUUGCUAUUCAUGCUGAAUCCAAGAUUUGAUAUGUAAUGUCAGUAUUUAAUCAUUUUAUGUUUACUGAUCUAUCAGCAAUAUUCCUCAGAGUGGCACAAAUUUAUUUGCUAUAUUUCUGAGUGCAAAUGUUCAAUAAAAAAGUGAGAACAAAACAA